AUGGUGAAGAAGGGAGAAGAGAAUCCCAUGCGGAAGAUCCGCAUUGAAAAGCUGACCCUUAACAUCUGUGUCGGAGAAUCCGGCGACAGACUGACACGCGCUGCGCGUGUGUUGGAACAGUUGACGGGACAGCGCCCGCAGUUCUCCAAGGCGCGCUUUACCAUCCGAUCCUUUGGUAUCCGCCGCAAUGAGAAGAUUGCCUGCUACGUCACCGUUCGUGGCAAGAAGGCCGAAGAUAUCCUGGAGAAGGGUCUGAAAGUUAAGGAGUACGAGCUGAAGAAGAAGAACUUCGCGGAUUCCGGCAACUUUGGAUUUGGCAUUCAAGAGCAUAUCGACUUGGGAAUCAAAUACGACCCGUCCACCGGUAUCUACGGUAUGGAUUUCUACGUGCAGUUGACUCGACCGGGCAACAGAGUUGCUCACCGCAAGAGAGCGCGCGGCAGAGUGGGCUAUUCCCACCGUGUCACCAAGGAAGACAGCAUCAAAUGGUUCCAGCAGACUUACGAUGGCAUUGUCCUUAACCACUAA